CGCGUACUCGCGUGCCCAACCCCUUGCCUCCCCGUCACUGCACUGCACCGGCGCCUUCUCCUCCUGAUCUUCCCAGAUAAAUGUUGAUAAACUACGGCAAUAUUGAGUCAUCAAUAGCGAUCACCGGAAGAAGGAGGACAGAGAAGAAACCGAGAGCUAGCGAGAAAAAGUCCAACACCAAAUCCGGCACCCCCCGACCAAAAUCCCGGGCGUAUUUAAAACGCCCUCCCUCCUCCCUUCCCCGCCGCGACCCACGCCACAACCCCGUCGUCGCUGCGCUGCGCGCCAAAUCACUCGUUCCACCGCUCGCUCUCCCUCCCUCUCUCUCUCUCUCUGUCUCUCUCCCCCUCGCUUUCCCCGCUCCGCUCCAUUCCAUUCCAUUCUCUUCUCGCCGCGUACAGAUUACUACUACUACUGCUACAGUACUACUACAGAAGGCUCGUCGACCCCUUUUGAUGGCGGCGGCGGCGUCGCUCGCCGCCGCGCGAUUCGCCGGCGAGGCGUCCCCGGCGCCAGCUGCGGCGGGGGCGGGGACGGGGACGUGGCGGGCGCGGUGCGCCGGGAGGGUGGUGGCGAUGCCGAUGCGGCGGCAGUGCGCCAGGGGCGUCGUCGUGCGGUGCGCAGGGGCGGGGGCGGGGCGGUCGUUCGGUGGGGCCUCCUGCGGGGGCGGGGGCGGGGGCGGGGGCGGGGCGGAGGAUCAGGAGGAGGAGGGGACGAGGUUCGUGGGGUGGUUUCGGGAGGCCUGGCCCUACGUCCGUGGCCACCGGGGGAGCACCUUCGUCGUCGUCGUCUCCGGUGAGGUCGUCGCCGGGCCCCACCUCGACGGCAUUCUCCAGGAUAUUUCACUUCUUCAUGGUCUUGGGAUCAAAUUUGUUCUUGUUCCUGGAACACAUGUUCAGAUUGAUAAGCUCCUAUCUGAGAGAGGGAAGAAGGCCAAGUAUGCUGGUCGUUACCGUAUUACUGAUUCUGAUUCAUUAGAGGCUGCAAUGGAGGCAGCAGGCAGAAUACGCUUAACUAUAGAAGCAAAACUAUCCCCUGGUCCCCCAAUGUUGAAUCUUCGUCGGCAUGGUGUUAAUGGUCGUUGGCAUGAAAUAUGUGAUAAUGUUGCAAGUGGAAACUUUCUUGGCGCUAAGAGACGGGGGGUUGUUGGUGGCAUUGAUUAUGGAUUCACUGGUGAAGUUAAGAAAAUAGAUGUUUCACGGAUAAAAGAAAGACUUGAUAGAGAUAGCAUAGUUGUUGUGAGCAAUAUGGGAUAUUCCAGCUCUGGCGAGGUGUUGAAUUGCAACACAUAUGAAGUCGCUACAGCUUGUGCUUUAGCUAUCGAGGCAGACAAGCUUAUCUGCAUUGUUGAUGGUCAAAUAUUUGAUGAACAUGGUCGAGUCAAUCGUUUCAUGUCUAUUGAAGAAGCGGACAUGUUGAUCAGAACACGUGCUAAGCAGAGUGAGAUUGCUGCAAAUUAUGUCGAAGUUGUAGGUGAGGAGGAUAUUAGUUAUGCUCGCAAUCUUCCUAUCAAAGAGGAGAAAGAAUUAGGAUUGAUUGGAAGGGACUUCGUUGAUGGGUAUACUGCAUCUUUCCGGAAUGGUGUGGGUUUCAAUAACGGAAAUGGUCUGUCUGGUGAGCAAGGGUUUGCAAUUGGUGGGGAAGAGCGGUUGAGUAGGUCAAAUGGUUACCUUUCAGAGUUAGCAGCAGCAGCAUAUGUAUGCAAUGGAGGCGUUCAAAGGGUUCACAUUAUAGAUGGCACUGUUGGCGGAUCAUUGUUGUUGGAAUUAUUCACAAGAGAUGGUGUUGGAACGAUGAUAGCUAGAGACAUGUAUGAAGGAACAAGGAUGGCUAGAGAAGAAGAUCUUUCUGGUAUUAGAAAGAUCAUCCGACCCUUAGAAGAAUCUGGUGUCCUAGUGCGGCGAACAGAUAAAGAGCUUCUAGAAGCAUUGAAGUCAUUUAUCGUCGUGGAAAGAGAUGGUUCAAUCAUUGCAUGUGCUGCUCUCUUUCCAUUUCUUGAGGAUAAAUCUGGGGAAGUUGCCGCUAUUGCUGUAUCUGAAGAAUGUCGAGGACAGGGUCAAGGGGAUAAGUUACUUGAUUACGUCGAGAAGAAGGCAUUAUCGCUUGGUCUUGAGAAAAUAUUCUUGCUCACCACACGAACAGCAGACUGGUUUGUUCGGCGUGGCUUCAAGGAGUGUUCGAUUGAGUCCCUGCCUGCGCAGAGGAGAAAACGAAUCGAUCUUUCACGUGGAUCAAAAUAUUACAUCAAGCGGCUCCGGGCAGCAGAGAUUGGGCAGAUGGCUGUUAACAAUUUUGCUGUCAGAUGAGAUACUGCACGCAAUCCCGGUGUUGCUCAUGAGGUUUCUAACUUUCUAUGAUAACCUCAAAAGCGAUUGUACAUUGUAUAAAUUGUGUAUGGUAUAUAUGUGAGUAAUCGAUCACCAAUGUGGUUUUGUUUCUUUA